GAUGCCAAACGUCACCAGGUGGCGCUGGCAACCCUAUUUUUAGAAAUGGUUGUUUCCCGACCUCACAUAAGGUACCCUCGCAUUACGUCGAUUUGAUAUAUGAAAAAGCCAAAGAAGUUCGAAAGUCAGUGCUAUUUUUAUUAGGAAACUCCUUACUGAUGACGUAUUUCACACUUUCUUCGCUGGAACAGAACAGAAAUGGAUGAAUACUCCCAGGACUUGUUUGGAGAUCAAGAGGAAGCUGGACCAAGCUCACAGACAGAGGUUAUUCCAGUAGAAAGUGAUUCAGACUCCACCCAACCACCAGACAGUGGAGAGUACGAGUCAUAUUAUGAGUGGGAGCCUGUAACCCCACCAACCCCACCAAGGAAAAAAGCUAGAUCUUCACAUACAGAAGUGCCAGCGGAAACCUGCUCUGAAGAUCCUAGCCAGAGUCUCCUGCGUCGAAAGGCCAAAAAAGGCAAGUCAAUCCUAACCCAAACUGUAUUGACAGGUCCUGUUUUUACAUCUUCCGACUCAUUGAUAUAUGGACCACUAACAUCAUACCACUCGUGUACGAAAAUAGAACACAGAGAAAAAUCAACACAAACUGUUGUUUUCGGUCCAGUUGUUAUUAAGUCCAAAAACAUUUAUAUUGAUUAA